AUGGGCUGUUUCGGUAGUAAAGUAGAAACAGAGGACCGUUUUAUUUGUACUAAUAAUCCAGAACAUAAUACUAAGUACCCUGAUAACACAGUUGUUAACAGUAAGUACACAGUUUUUACAUUUUUGCCUAAGAUUUUAUGGGCUCACCUUCGCAGAUUCAUGAACAUGUAUUUCUUCAUCAUCGCUAUUCUACAGUUAUGGUCUGCCGUUACUCCAGUUAAUCCUAUUACAACUUGGGCACCAAUUGUCAUUAUUUUCGCAGUUGCCUUCGUUCGUGAAGGUUACGAUGAUAUUCAACAACAUAAACACGAUAAAGUUACAAAUGAAAGAUUAUAUAAUAUUAUACGUUCAGAGCGUGAAAAAACUAUUCAAUCACAAUACAUUUUACCUGGCGAUAUUCUGAUUUUGAAUCGAAAUAUGGAAGCUCCUUGUGAUAUAUGCUUGCUUUAUUCAUCAAACGCCGAUGGAAAAUGCUGUGUUGAAACCGCAAAUCUUGAUGGAGAAACAAACCUCAAAGAAAAAAUUACAGUAAAGCAAACUCAAGAGAUGGGUCCAGAAGGACUCCGUACAUCUAAAAUUUAUAUAAGAUGUGCAGCUCCAAACGCAGAUUUGAACAGUUUCGAUUCUAGUCUCUUCGUUAACAAUCCAGAUGGAGAAUGCAUCCCAAUUAAUAGCGAGCAGUUCAUCCAGCAAGGUGUUUUCCUCAGAAACGUCGAUAAAAUUUACGGACUCGUAUGUUACACAGGAAAGCAAACUAAACUUGGUUUAAACGCUCAGGCACCACCCAUCAAAUGGACAGAGAUUGAAAAGAUUCUCAACAAAGUUUCUCUCGGAAUUUUCGUUGCCCAACUUAUUCUCGCUCUUAUUACAGGAUCUAUCGGUAAUUCCUGGAAGAAACAUCACAAGGAAUCCGAGCCAUACCUUUGCUUGAAGGAAGACCAUCCAAUUGGCGAAAAAUUCGAUUGGAUCGUUUUAUACAUCCGCUGUUACCUUCUUACAUCAAUUAUGAUUCCUGUCUCACUCAAAGUCACCAUCGAUAUCUGUAAAUACGUUUACGCCAUGUUUAUUCGAAAUGACAAAAAAAUGGUUUAUAUUAACAAGAACGACCACACAAUACAGCAAUGUCUUGUUAACAAUACAUCUGUUAUUGAAGAUCUCGGCGCAAUCCAAUACGUAUUUACUGAUAAAACAGGUACAUUAACAGAAAAUGAAAUGAAAUUAACGAAGAUUGCAAUCGGAUCGAGAUAUUACGGUCACAAUGGUCAAUCCGAAGAUAUUCUUGAAGACACUACCCUUACAGAAGCCAUCCAAUCCCAAGAUCAUGAAGUUCUUUCCGCAAUUUGCAACUUGGCACUUUGCCACACCAUCAAAAUCAUCGAUACUGCAAACGGUAUCGUCUUUGAAGGUGUUUCCCCAGAAGAAAUCUCAUUCCACGAGGCAUUACAAAAAAUUGGUAUCAUUGUUCGUCAAAAUAAGGAUGAAACAACCAUCAGUUCCGAGAAACUGAAUUUUGAGCCAUUCAAAUUCAGGACUCUCGAGGUUCUUCCUUUCUCAUUUACCCGUCGUCGCAUGUCCGUCAUCGUAGAGAACACUGUUACCAACACAAAGGUGUUAUUCAUGAAGGGCGCCCACGAAAAUGUCGUUGAACAUACCGGAGGAUCCUAUUCCGGCUUCGAUUCCCAAGUCGAUACAUUUUCAUCGCUUGGCCUUCGUGUUAUGGCACUUUCCAUGAAGCAGUUAACAGAUCAAGAGUACAACCAGUACAAGGAAGAGAUUUUGGCCGCAAGACAGAACCACGAUAACAGAAUUGCCGAAUGCGAGAAGGUUUACGACAAAUAUGAGCAAGGCCAGAAGUUAAUCGGCAUCACAGGUAUCGAAGAUUCCCUUCAGGAUGGCGUUCCUCUCACAAUCGAAAUGCUUCGUGAUGCAGGAAUCAAAGUUUGGAUGGUUACAGGUGAUUUAAUGAACACAGCCGUCAAAAUCGCCCGUUCAACACGUCUUAUCUCCAACGAUGGCGAAAUCAUCAAACUUUCAACAGAUGCAGCCGGAACAGACUCCAGAACUCUUCUUCAGAAGGUCAGUGAAUACGUUGACACCAUCAACCAUCCAUUCUAUCUUGUAAUCGAAGGAUCUGCCUAUUGCACGAACGAAUUCCUCGGUCCUUUACAGAAAGAAUUCGCACAAUUGGCUUCAAGAGCUCGUUCUGUCGUUUGCGCGAGAACAAUGCCAAAACAAAAGGCUUUUUACGUCGAAGCACUUAAAUCUCUUGGCUGCGUGACAUGUGCAGUUGGUGAUGGUGGUAACGACGUCACGAUGCUUAGAUCAGCACACAUUGGCAUUGGUAUCAUUGGAAAGGAAGGCAGACAAGCAGCUGUUGCAGCUGAUUUUGCCAUUUCUCAGUUCAGUUACAUUCAACGUCUUAUUUUAAUACACGGCAGAUAUUCAGCGUACAGGACAUCAUGGCUUACACAGUUCUGCUUCUACAAAUCAAUAUUACUGGCCUUGAUACAAGUUGGAUAUCUCACAAUGAAUGGUUAUUCAGGAUCAUCAUAUAUGAACGAUUUCAACUUGAUGUGUUACAAUGCCAUUUUCACAAUUUUGCCAGUCAUCUUCUUCAUGUUCGAUAAAGAUGUUGAAGAGUCAACAAUCUACUUGCAUCCAUUUGUUUACACUGACUCCAGAAAGAGAAUGUUUAUCAACGCAAGAACAGUUUUCUGGUGGAUUAUAAGAUCAAUUUACCAGGCAAUUGUUAUUUGUGUUAUUGCAUUCAACGCUUUCGAUGUUGAACACAUUAACGGUUUGGAUGGAUCGGCAGCGAACUUGGCUGAAUCACAGCAGAUUGUUUAUUCCAGUUUGAUAUUGAUUGUCGUUGUUACAACAACAAUUGAUACACAGAACUGGACAUCUCUCAACUUCAUCUUCAUUUGGGGUAACUGGGUUAUUUAUUUGCUCGCUGCUGUUUGCGCGAACAUGAUCAAUGAUUUCUCAAUUACUCGUAAGAUGUACUUGGUAAUGCUAAGGACAAUGGCUGAUCCUCUUGCUUGGUUCACUGUUGUAACUAUCACAGGCGUUGCAACAAUCCCUGUUUUGUUCGUUCAAGCUUUGUUCGCUACUUAUUUGCCAACAAGAAGCCAGUCACUCAGAUUUAACGAAAUCAUCGUUCAGUGCGAGUAUAAACCGGUGUAUUUGGUUGAUUUGACAGCUAAAGAAAACCAGUUCGUUGUCUCCAACUUGUAUGCUGCUCCUCCAGAAACAAUUUGGGAUCAGUCGCAUAAUAUAUUCGCACCAAUAUUAGCACUUUUCGGAUGUUGGAAGUAA